ACAUAUGCACGACAGACAGACAUAAUCCCUGGUGGGCAGUCUGGAACCUGUUGUUCCUACCUGUAAUACUAACGUACUCUGGUGUAUGCCACACGCGAAAGUUAAUCAUUAAAAUUCUUGUCUUCUACGAGAAUAGUGUUUCCUUAUCCCUGCUGUUUACUGCCUUGAAGAUGAAAUCACAGUAAUAUAGACGUCGCUAUGUGAUUAAUACAAUACCUUUAAACGUUUUAGUUUUAUAAUUAAAACCAGCAUUUAAACUGAACGUUUAAUCGCUUCUAGGUCUUAAAGGUUAACAUUCGCAUUUUCAAUUCCGCAACACAAACAUAACCUGGUCUUAGCACUUAGCAGUGUUUUCUGUUUAUAAAUAGCCAAAAUGUGUCCUUGAAAAUAUGGAUAGCUAGGUGGUCGCAAAAAAGUGGUCGCUUAAGCUAAUUAUUUGGCUCAUAACCCCCGUUGCCAUGCUUUUAACUCUCAUCGGCAAACCUUAGCUGUCAAAAUGCACGUCUUCCGUUGUCAGCAAGAGCUAACACGAACACCGCGUAUCCUGUUUAACAAAACUACAAUUGCCAGCAUGUGGACUGAUACUGUACAUCUGCGAAAAAAGAGCUUCAUAGCUCUUUUGAUUCCUCCAGUAUACAUACCGUAGCGUAAUAAAAACAAGUGGCUGAUGAAGCUGAAGGAUGGAAUGUGGAAGCCAAAGGAGGGAACGCCGCUACGGAGUACGACCACUGCGGAGAUGGAGCGAUGAGAUGAGCUAGUGGCAUCAGGGGAAAUUGGGGAGGUGAUGAUGACUUAGAUUAGCAGCUGAUGGCUGAUGAUGAUGAAUACUAAAGUUUUGUUUACGUGGCUGGGCAGCCACCAAAAAAGUGAAGUAGGAAGUCGUGUAACGUCAUUGCUUAGAAACCCCCACAUUCUGGCCCUGUCAGUUUCAUUUCGUCCCUUCUGCCCCGGGUUCGCCGCGCUUCUGACACUUGCUGCCUUCACGUCUCAAAGGCUUGUUAUUCCAUUGCAUCAAGGUGCGCACACAAUUUGAAGACAAGGCUUAUUGUUUCUGAAUCGCAUCGUUUUUACAUUUCAGGAUGGCAACAGGUUUCAGUCUGUCUAGCCACUUGAUUGAACAUUUAGAUAGAGAUAUUGUAGAAUUCAUGUUUGAGAAGAUGGAUGAGGCUUUUGAUAAUCUGAAUAAGAAGUACGGUGUCACGUUUAAAAUUAGUGAUGGCAUAGUUCAUUCACUGUGCAACAUUACUCUGGAGCCCUUCGAUAAAGUGGCGAACCAGGUAUUCAUGGCACUGUAUGAAAAAGCGCUACUUAAGCUGCAGGCAGCACACAUCUCUUGGAGUAGCAUUAAUCUGCCUAAGGGACACCAUUUGCUGACUCAAGCUGACGCAUUCAUUAAACAAGCAUUUCCUCAUGUUUACCAAAUUAAAAAUGACAUGGGUGUCCGCUUUGUCGGCAAAGGAAAUCUUCCAAAAUUGGCCGUGGAAGAGUUCCGAAAGAUUGUGCAUUCCCAACAGGGACAAAGUCAUUCAUUGAAAAGAUCGCAGCGUAGAGGUGAUGGCAAUGGCCGGAGGAGUUUAAAUUCUGUAUCAAGCAGUAAAGACGGAAGAGAAAAGAAAAAAACCCAAAUAGCCAAUGAGGAACAGGAAUCCAGCAGUGAAAAUGAGAGGGAAGACGAGUGUCCCAUCUGUUUAACACAUUUUAAAGAAAAGCAUAUAUUGCCAAAAUGCAGACAUGCCUUUUGCCGCAGUUGCAUAGAUAUGGCUGUUAGGGUUCGGCCUGCUUGCCCUAUGUGCAACGAGCCAUAUGGAACUACUCUAGGCAACCAACCCAUACAUGCAACCAUGACUGUCAACAAAACAUCAGGCCACCUUCCAGGCUAUCAAACCUGUGGGAUGAUUGAAAUUAGUUACACAAUUCCAAAUGGAAUACAAGGGCCCGAGCACCCGCAGCCAGGAAAGGCUUAUGGUGGCAUCUCACGGACUGCAUACCUGCCAGACAAUCAGGAAGGAAACCACGUGCUGCUCCUGUUGCAAAAAGCCUUCAAACAGAGGCUCACCUUCACUGUAGGUGUAUCACGUAGCACUGGCAUCGACAACUUGGUCACUUGGAAUGGCAUCGAACACAAGACCAGCAUUUACGGUGGACCUUUCAUCUAUGGCUAUCCUGACCCAGAUUACCUGAAGCGUGUCCAAGAUGACCUGAAGGAUAAGGGUAUUGUGUGACCAACGUCGUGAAGAAGGGGUCAUCACAAAUUAAAUGAAGAUGAGGUUGAUGAAUGGUUUUCAAUUUGAUAAUUUACUUAUGUGUAUUCCAAAAGCUAUGCACUGGUUUACCAUAACGAUAAAUUAAUGUACAGUUGCCACGUCUUUUUUUAAUUAUAUAUUUUUUACUGGUAGGAACCUCCUGGUUACACCAACCCACAGCGGAUUAUUGUGUUCGUCCGUCGUGCGG